GCACUCCCCGUGCACUCGAUAGCACUCGAUAGCACUCAAAAGCACUCGCAGAGCACUCCCUGUGCACUCCCCGUGCACUCGAUAGCACUCGGUAGCACUCAAAAGCACUCACAGAGCACUCCCUGUGCACUCCCCGUGCACUCUAUAGCACUCGGUAGCACUCAAAAGCACUCACAGAGCACUCCCCGUGCACUCCCCGUGCACUCCCCAGCACUCCCCGUGCACUCGAUAGCACUCGAUAGCACUCAAAAGCACUCGCAGAGCACUCCCUGUGCACUCCCCGUGCACUCGAUAGCACUCGGUAGCACUCAAAAGCACUCACAGAGCACUCCCUGUGCACUCCCCGUGCACUCUAUAGCACUCGGUAGCACUCAAAAGCACUCACAGAGCACUCCCCGUGCACUCCCCGUGCACUCGAUAGCACUCGGUAGCACUCGAAAGCACUCACAAAGCACUCCCCGUGCACUCCCCGUGCACUCGAUAGCACUCGGUAGCACUCAAAAGCACUCACAGAGCACUCCCUGUGCACUCCCCGUGCACUCGGUAGCACUCGGUAGCACUCAAAAGCACUCACAGAGCACUCCCCGUGCACUCGAUAGCACUCGGUAG